GCCCCCUCCCCAGGCCCCCCAUGAGUCUCCUUUGUUUUCGAUCCCGUUGACAUAACCAGCCUUUGGGCUGCUCGUUUGGUUUUCUUUGUGUUUCUCUCUUCCUGUGCUUUAAAUUCCUCCUCUUAUGUUUUAAAGUCACCAAUAGAGAGUGAGCCCUGGAAACUCUAGACCCCUCCCUGGACCCCGAUUGCUCUCUGUCUCUCUCUGGCCCCAGGACUUCCAAUUCCCGAUUUCCCCAAAGCCAGGAAAAGGAAACUUCAGAGAAAACGAAACUACUGGGGAAAGAAAAGGCCCACUGAGCACUGUCCAGUCGUCCGGACCGCUGCUCGCUCCAUCCUGGCACCAUGAACCGCACUUUCCAGACCUUUGUCAGUGGCGCCCACACUGGUGUCCCCCCGACCUAUGAGAUGCUCAAGGAGGAGCAUGAGGUGUCCGUGCUGGGGGCACCGCAGAGCUCAGCUCCCGUGACGACCACCGUGAUCAACAUCCACAGCGAGACGUCUGUGCCCGACCACAUCGUCUGGUCCCUGUUCAACACGCUCUUCAUGAACUGGUGCUGCCUGGGCUUCGUGGCCUUCGCCUACUCCGUGAAGUCUAGGGACCGGAAGAUGGUGGGCGACGUGACUGGGGCCCAGAGCUAUGCGUCCACUGCCAAGUGCCUGAACAUCUGGGCCCUGGUCUUGGGCCUCUUUCUGAGCACUGGAUUCAUCGUUCUUAUGGGAUUUACCUGCCUGACACUCUACCAGAUAAUUGUAAAGGCCAUGCAGGACGGCAGAGGCUACUUCUAGCUGCCCAUGGGCACAGCCCCGUCCCCAUCAUGCCCUGCUGGCCUCACAUGCUGGGGCUUUGGCCCUGCCCACUUGCCCAUACCCUUUUCUACAGCAGUUUUUGCAGACAUACCCGUCUACACCUGGAUUCAAUAAAGUGCACUUGCCUGUGACA